GCCCGCCCCGGGGCUUCUCUCCGGCAGCGGAGGGGUCGGGUCCGGUAACCGGGGAAUCGUGAUCCUGCACCGGGCAGCGCACGGGAGGGUCCCGCAUCCCUGUGCUGCCAUCUCGGGACUUCCGCCCCCGGGAACCCUCCCGGCCUCACCUCGUGUCCUGAACAGCUCCUGACCCCGCUCCCGGCCCGGACUACAGCUCCCGGCGGCCCCCGGGCUCCCGCCCCGCCGCUUCCCGCCGCCUCUUCCCGCCAUGGUGCCGUUCGAGCCGUCGGCGCUGCCCGAGCUGCUCCCGGUCUUCUACCGGCGGCUCUUCCCGCACGGCGCCUACGGCCGCUGGCUCGGAUACGGCGGCGUGGUCAAGAACUACUUCCAGAUGCGGGAAUUCUCUUUCACGCUGCGGGAUGAUGUGUACGUACGGUUCCAGUCCUUCGACAACCCCCAGGAGCUGGAGAGGGAGCUGCAGAAGACCAACCCCUAUAAGAUCGACAUCGGGGCAGUCUACUCCCACCGGCCCAACCAGCACAACACGGUGCAUCUCGGCGCCUUCCAGCCCCAGGAGAAGGAGUUGGUCUUUGACAUCGACAUGACAGACUACGACGAUGUCCGAACGUGCUGCAGUUCAGCUGAUAUCUGCUCCAAGUGCUGGACCCUGAUGACCAUCGCUGUCCGUGUCAUCGACCGUGCGCUCGUGGAGGACCUGGGUGUGAGGCAUCGCCUGUGGGUGUAUUCGGGCCGUAGGGGUGUUCACUGCUGGGUGUGCGACGACGCGGUGCGCCGGUGGUCCCCGGCACUGCGGGCGGCUGCUGUUGAGUACCUGACCCUGGUGAAGGGUGGAGCAGAGACUGUGAAGAAGGUGAACAUCUCUGAGCCCAUCCACCCCUUCAUCAGGCGCUCGGUCGCAGUGGUGGAGAAGUUUUUUGAGGCGUAUGCACUGGUGGGCCAGGACAUCCUGGGCAGCCCAGAGAGCUGGGAGAAGGUGCUGGCCCUUGUCCCGGAGGAGCACCGUGGGAUGCUGCGGGGUGAGUUCCCCAGGAAGAGGGACUCAGUGCAGCGCUGGGAGCUGCUGAAGGGACAGAUGGAGUGGACACGGAGGGGGCCGGGGUCUGGGAAGAGUGGGCCAUGCUAUGCUGACUGGGAGGUCAUGCUGCAGUACUGCUUCCCCCGCCUUGACAUCAACGUCAGCAAAGGCCUUGGGCACUUGCUGAAGAGCCCCUUCAGCGUCCACCCCAAAACAGGUCGCAUUUCAGUGCCACUGGAUUUGCAGAAGCUGGACCGGUUUGACCCCUUUGCUGUCCCCACCAUCACCUCUCUGUGCCACGAGCUGGACACGGCAGGGGAUGAGGCGGAGCAGGACGACGGCGGGGAGACAGAGCCCAAGCGCCGGGCACGGGACUACAAGAGGACGAGCCUGGCGCCCUACGUGCGGGUCUUUGAGCAGUUUGUGGAGGAGAUGGAGCGCAGCCGGAGAGGAGAGCGGCUGCGGAGGAGCGAUCUGCAAGGAGACUUCUGAGGCCACCAGGUGCCCUGCUGUGCCAUCGCCACCUCUGCUGCCCACGGAGCUCCUGGUGCGCGGAGCCCCGUGCCUGGCGGCAAAACAGCAACUCCUCAUAUUUUGUAUUUUUUUACUGCACAAACUAUUAAACGUUUCUGUCACA